GCGAUGGCGAUGGGGAUGAGGGUAGGGCUGCGGCUGCCGCAGCCUCUGCUUCUGCCGGCGGCGGGGGGCUCCUCACGGGGCGCUCCCGGCCCUUCCCUUCCCGCCGGGAGCGGCCCCACCGCCGUUCCUGGAGAGGCCCAGGGACUCCGCGGCGGGUCCCCUGAAACGCGGCGAGGCGGCCGUCCAAAGUUACGAAAAACCCAAGGAGGGAAGCAAGAGAAAAAAGUUAUCCAUCCUUACAGCAGAAAAGCUGCGCAGCUUGCAAGGGAAGCACACAAACAGGAGAAGAAAGAAAAGUUGAAGACUGACAAAGCUUUGCGUUUGAGUAUCAUUGGAGAAAAAUUGCAAUGGUUUCAAAGUCACCUUGACCCCAAUAAAAUUGAGUACACAAAGAAGGAAGCUGGCGAACUAAUUGAAAAUUAUAUGUGUCGAUUCAAUGCUGAAUUGGAACAGAUUGAAUUACAAAACAGUAUUAAAGGUAGACAAGGAAGACAGCAUGGUUCACGGGAAACUGUCAUCAAGCAGACCAUAGAACGUGAAAGACAACUCUAUGAAGGCUACGGAAUAGAAAUCCCAGACAUUAUGAACAGAAAGCAUCUUAAAUUUUUCAGAGAAUGGGAUGGUGAUCUGAGGAAACUGCCAAACAUCAAAAUGAAAAAGCUCUCAGCUGGGGAUGCUGCUUGCAGUCACCCUGAGGUGGCAGAUGUGGAAGCUAAAGAAGAAUUGAAUAAAGCAGAAGAGGUGGCCUAAUGAGCACCAGCUGAUUCAGGAGCUGAAACAGCUGAAGGGAAUUCAUUUGUAGUGUAGAAAACACUACGCCUUAUUCUGCAAGGAAGAAACAAUGCUGGCUCUGUCAAACUGGCAUGACCUCAGAUGUCAUUUCUUCAGUUGCCAGCUGAGAGUUUGUACCUGUCUGUGCUACUGGCACCACCACUGCAUCCUUGACAUCCGAGGUCUGAGUGCACGAAGAGUUCUUCUCCUCCAGUUUUUUGGCGGUGUCUGGGCAGUUCUGAACAAAGAUCACUCUGUUGUAGGCUUUCAACCUGCGCCACAGCUGAACAUAAACCUUACACUGCACGUACAUGAAGACCAGGCCCCCUGUGAAUCCAAUGGCCACCACAACGAGUUUUGUCCAAAAUGGCCAUUCAAGGACACCUUUGAAAUAAAACAUUUAUAUUUAUUACCAUUGUUAUACAUUGAAUAUCAAGUACUGAGUUUCAGUAGAAUACUUUGAAAAGAAGCCACUUGCUAAGAAUUCCCAGGUAUGUACACACUAUUGGGGCAGUUGUGGCUCAAGUAGAAAACAGCAGCAAUUUCCUAUCCCAUAGGCCAGCCACGAAACUACAUCUGCCUCCCACUUCUGACUUCACCACAAUUUGGCCAAAUAAGAAAUGGAAGGCCACUCUCACAAAGGAAGCAUAAUGCUUGAUACAGUCAAACCCAAAACAUUUUACUGGUCUUCAAUAAUAUCCCCAUAUUCAAUAGCUUGCUUAAGCAAAAAUACAGGUACCAAAACUGAGAUAACUGCAUACCUAGAAAUAUGCACAUCUUCAAGAACAACUGGUUUUUUAAUCAUGCUAGAAGCAUGACACUGUUUAGGGUACCUGGAACACCAACAUUUACAAUAUUAUUACCUGGUUCUAGCUUCAUCCUGAAGCCACACUAUAGUAAAAAAAGCUAGUGGAAAGGGCUCUUAUCUCCUGUAUCACCUGCCUUCAUUGGUCUCUUUUUCCUGCUGUCUGUGCAAACCCCCUGAACACACCUGUAUCAAAAAGCAGAACUUGCAUUCCUAUGUACUAAAAAAGUAAUUUUACAGUUUUUGGUGUAUCUGUUCUUACUUUUCUCAUUGCAUUGAUCAAUCACAUAUUGACAUUUACAGAAAAAUAUAUGGCUGCUAACACAAAGCUAGAAAUGAGAGCAUUUUAACUUGAUUAUGAUAUGAAUAAUGUUAAAAUUAUUUGCUUUGGCCUAAAUGUUGUCUUAAGAUUUUAACACAAUAAAUUAAUGUUGUAUUAAGAA